AUGAGGCAGGUUCUCGCCGAGCAAUGGGGAAGUUUCGCCAUCGCAUACCUAGAUGACAUCGUGAUCUACUCCGCCAACUGGGAAGAACACCUCACCCACCUUGGACUCGUUUUGGAGAGACUGGCGAUUUACGGACUCACGGUAGCCCCAAAGAAGUGUUGCUUCGGGAAGACCUCACUGCCGUACCUCGGACACAUCGUUGGGACUGGCGGAAACACGACUCAACCUGUGCACAUCGAGGCCAUCCGGAACGCACCAGCACCCCGCAAUAGCAAAGCCUUGCGAUCCUUUAUCGGACUCUGCAAUUGGGUAAAGGAGUACAUACCCAACUCCUCCGAGAUACUCGCACCAUUGACAAACAUGCUGUCCACCAAGCGUCCCUUCAAAUGGACGAACGAGCUUCAGGAGAAGUUCGAACGAGCAAAACUCGCCUUCCAGAAUCCCCAGAGCCUCAGCCGACCAGACCCCAACCUGACGUUCGUGCUACAGACGGAUGCCAGUGCCAAAGGAAUGGGAGCAGUCCUCAUGCAGGAGGGCCUUGACGGAAAGCGGCGCAUCAUUUCGUUCGCCAGCGCGAAGUUCUCGGACACGGAGUCAAGACACCACUGCAACGAGCAGGAGUGUUCGGCAUUAAUCUGGGCCAUCAAACGAUACCGGCCAUACUUGGAAGACGCUCCGUUUAUACUGCGUACCGACAGUAAAACCCUGACAUGGCUGGACACAAGGAAGGACACCCGGGAUAAGCUGCACCGGUGGUAUAUCCUCCUACGGGAAUUCGCCUUCACGAUCGAGCACGUGCCUGGCCGUGACAAUGAACGGCCAGACGCACUCUCACGGUUCCCGGACCCCAACGAGGCCUCACCAGGAGAACCGGAUAUCCAGCGCCUGCUGCCGCCCUUCUACUUCUGGCCCGGAAUGAGCCGGGAGAUCCGCCGCUACGUAACAGGAUGCCACCUCUGCAUCUGUUGCAAGCCCGUGCUGGGAAAGCAGCCAGACAAACAACGACCACGUGCUGCUACGAAGGCCUGGGACACCAUCGCAGUGGACAUCAUGGAACCUUACCCUCGAACAAGCCAAGAUCACGCCUACAUUCUGGUCGUGACGGAACUUUUUACACGCUGGGUAGAAGCGUUCCCAAUGAGAAACGCACACGCACCUCGCAUCAUCCAGCUCUUGGAAAACGAGGUGUUCAGCCGCUACGGAUACCCACGCCGGAUCCUCAGCGAUAACGGUCCACAGUUCACCGGACACCUAUGGGCAGACGCCAGUCAACGAUGGGGAUGCGGGUUAUGGACUACGCCCAUCUACCACCCCCGAGCCAAUCCAACGGAGAGAAGGAAUCAGGAGAUCAAGAAAGGUCUUCGCCUACGUUUGCACCGAGGGAACCAACGUACCUGGGAUCGACACCUGCCCAGCUUACUCUUCGGACUCCGGCGUCGUGCCAAUGCAGCCACCGACACGACCCCCAGCUACCUGCUUUUCGGCCAGACCAUUCCUGGACCAGGCGAAUGGGAUCCCGCCGAGAUUCCCGAGGCCCAGCAAACGUACCAGGCCCGCUACACCGCUGCCCCAGCACAGCCACGGUUCACCCCAGGGGAUUGGGUGUACCUUCCGAACCACCAGCUCUCCAACAAGGCAGCUGGAUUCAACGCCAAGCUGGCACCCAGCCGACUUGGACCCUACCAGGUGCUGGAGCACCUCACUGGGGACGUGUAUCGGAUUUUGAAGGAUGGAGCCGUCCAGAAGGUUCACGGCAACGUGCUCAUCCCAGCACCAGCCAGCAUCGAAGGAUUGCCUGUGCAAACAGCAGUCGAGGGAUUGGCCGACCAUCCAGGCCACCCGCCCGGUCAAGAGACCGGGCACCAACUUGCCGAAAGCGUCGGCGAAGCACCAUCAGCCGAAAGCGUCGGCGGAGACCGUCUCACCACAGCCGUUGGUGAGACCGAAGAUGGCGCUCGUAAGGAACCACGCCAGGAUCAACGGGUUCCCGUCCGCAACCUAGUCACGGGAAGCGGAUACGCGGAGCCCAGCACUGGAAGCAAAGCGCGCACAGCAGCCGAGGUUCCUAGGCAGGUACCUGAACACAACGGUGCAGAGAACGGGGAGCUGGUGGAGCUCUCCGACUACGACAACGAAGAUGAACAGGCGCCAGGACAGCACCAGGAUAACGCCAGGAGGCGUUAUAACAUGCGACGCAAAGGACCGGUCAACUACCGAGACGGCCGACCCUACGUCCAUCAGGAUCGCCGAUAA